AUGAAUAAAAAAGACUCAUUGUUGGAGGAUGAGAACUUGAGAAUUUCCGGAGGUUCUCAGAAGCUGAAGGAUUCUUCAAAAGAGACGGAAGAGAAACCUGUGUUUCGCAAGUAUCGCACGAAGCAUAUGAAGCAAUUUCCGGAAUUAUAUCGAAGCGAUGUUUCAAUUCAUCCCAGCUAUACCGGCUUAAAAAUCUUGCCUUAUCACGUGGUAUGCAGGCAACGCGUACAAAGGAUUAAACGACAGUCAUUUCGGCAGUUGAAUCGUGAGAUCGCGCAUUUCGCUAUGGUUCAGAUGUUUGCUCUCGAUGGUGUGAGGAUCGAUCGCGUCUUCAGCAUUGGCAUGUCGCCGAAGAUGUUAAUCGUGCCAGACCCUUUAACAGAGAAGGAGAGACGCCGACUAAACGAGCUUAUUGAAGAUCCUUAAGAAAUCCUUCGGACAAUUUUAAGAAUAUUAGCUUGUCUUCGUAAUGGAUCACCGAAAGGAUGCUUGCCAUCGGAAAGAACAUAAUAAAAAACGCAA